AUGGGAGAGAAGAAAAGAGGAUUGAGGCCAAUUGAAACCUUAUCAAAAGCAGAAAGAGAAGCCUUAUUUCAAUCUACUCACGCUGAUUUAAAAAAUUAUCACUAUAUGAACCAAACUACCCGCCUGCUAAAGAAAGAGAAAAAAGAAAGAGAAGUCGAUGAGCAGCUUCAAAAGAAAAGAAAAGAAAUUGAAGAAAAAGGAGCCAUCAUAGAAGAGCAGCAUCGGCAAUUUAAAGAGCGCCAGACUGAAAUAAAAACCAAAAUCGACAAAAAAGAGCCCCAAAUCCUCAUGUACGAUCGCAAAAUUAAACAAGAAACUGACAAAAUCAAAAAAGAAGACGACUUGAUCAAAAUAAAAGAAGAAGAAAUAAAGCGAAAAGAAGAGCAGCUGGGAAAAGCAGAAGCCCAGCUUCAAGAAAUUGAAAGGAAAAUCGAGCAAUACUCCAUCUAUAAAUCAUUUUUAGAAGAAGUCGUCAGGGUUAGUGAAGAAUAUGAAGACAUUCCUCAGCUUAUGAAAAGAUAUAUAACAUUAAAAACAAGUAAACAAGACCAAGACUUAAAUGGCGCCAGAGUCGAAGAAGCUACAAGCGCUGAAAAAGAAUCUUAUAGCAAAAUAAUCAACAAAAUGAAAGAUGACAUUGCUGAAGAAACUGGAAAAAUGACCCUGCUUGGGAAUGAAAUUGAUGACCUUAACACACAGAUUACUGCUUUAGAAAGUAAACAAGAAGAUAUUAGAAAAGAAAGAAUUUUACGCAAAGGAAUCACUGGGAAAAUUGUACUGGCAAUUAAAAAUUUACACUCAAAAGCACUAAAAAGUAAACAGACCUUUGCAGGCCGCAAAGAUGAGACUGAAGAAAAGCCUGAAAAGCUUAUAACGAUGCUGCAAAAUAUUAGGGAAAGGUUUAUAGAUUUAAAAAAAAUAACCUUGGAUGUACAAGAAUAUGAAGUUAGUAAAAAAGUCGUUGGGUCUGAAUCUCCAUAUGAGCAAGAAGAGCCUUCAGUAAUAAGACAUAGACCAGUGAAAAAGCUGACAAAUCCAGGCCAUAAGCAAAAUGUUGAGACAAAUAGAACGAAUUCUAGCUUAAAAGAAGAAGCAAAAAAUCAUUAA